AAAUUAGUAAUCGAGCAUAACAACAUGGCUGCGCCCGUGCACAACAAUUGACAUGGGUCGAAUAUUGGCAUUUGCUGCCCAGGCCAGCCCCUUUUUGCUGGCAGGGUUAGCCCUUGGUGGAAGUAUGUAUCGGCUCGUGAAUCACACUUUUUAUGCGUCAGGUAAAUGCAAGAAGGUGGCAGUGGAUAAUAACCUUGAAAAGACAUUGAGCCCAUACCUUAACAGCAUGGUUAACAAGGUAGCUGACAACUUUCUGUCAGGUAAAAUCUCACCCAGGGAUUUUGCAGAAAUCAAAUUCUUCCUUGCUGAAACCUCAGAAGUGUAUAGCCGGGGUUCAACAAAGACAAGGCCUUGUGGCUUCAUAGGAAUCCCCAAACAUUUCCUGUAUCAAGAUACAAAAGAUGUUAGGCUUGAAGAAUUACCAUUUCCAGACACAAAAGAUAUCCUUGACUCCGAUAAACAAGAAAGGUUAAAGGAAAGUCUCUGUUUAAGUGAGCAAGCCAAAAAAUUUGCCUUGACAAGUGAAAUUAACUCCAUAAAUACUUAUUACAUACAUUUUAAAUUUUUUGAUUUUUUGCCGCUAUUAACUGGUUUCACUUAUACAUGGGUGGCAGUCAGUGAUAAACUGAAUCGUGUACCUCCAUUGGCACAGAUUGGAUUAAUUUGUGUGAUAGCUUUGCUUUGGACGACUAUCGGAUAUCUGUUUGAAGACAUGUACGAACAGUACAGAAUAAAUAAAGCCGACCGCAGGACUGCGGCCCUAGGGGACGAGUACAUUCACGGUGGAAUAGAGUAUUUUGAGAAGCUUUUAAUAAGAAACCAGAUUGUGAGAGAAACAGAACUUAUAUCUGGUAAGGCUCCUUACAAUAAAGAUGGUGAGAGAAUUAAUAAAUGGUAUGAAUAUGGACGACCAUUUUUUAACAAGAGGUUAGAACGUUUGAGGGGGUUGAAGAAAGAAGAACUAGUUGACAGAGAAGAGAAGACAGUGUCAUAGAUUUAUUUUAACAAAUUCGAGAUCUUUUUGUUAGCACAGAGUAGAAAAUAUUAAUGCAGCAUAUGAAUGAUUUUUAUUUGCAUCUGGCUUUAGGAAAACGGUGUUUAAUGCACAUGCAUGAAGUGUCGUUCCAGAUUGGCCUUGGCAGUCCACACAGGCUAAUCAGAGUCGCUACUUACUGCUUUUAUGCUAUUUAUUGUAAAAAUUGAGUUAAGGCAGAAAGUUUAGUCCCUGAUAAGCUUGUGCAAACUGCACAGGCUAAUGUGGGUGCAUACUUCAUCACACAUGCAUUCAGCCCCGUUUUCCGAGAGCGAGGCUCAUUUAAUAAUGUUAAUAUUUUAAAUAUGCAAGAGUGAAGAAGUGCCAUAGUAUGCCAUUCGUUUUGGUUUCCAACAAAAUUAACUGGUAUCCAUAUAGCUGGCCAACCUAAGUAUGAUACUCUUUUUCUGUAGCUGCAUGAAUUUUCUAUGUACAAAUCUGGUUGUGUGUGAAACUUUGUUUUGUUUGUUUUAGUUGGAUUGUUUCACUGUUUUAAAAAGUAUUUGAGUCCACUGUCUUCAAGGGCACAUUCUUGAAUCAGACAUAGAGGAAAAAUGGCUGUACAGGGCUUUUUGUCUUGAUUUGGGGAAAGAGCCUGGCCUUGUACAAUAGGAAUGCAAUACUGCUGGAGCAACUGGAGUUUCACUUCUUUAUAUUUCAUUUUGGGAAAAAGUAUCAACAAAACUGAGAGCAGGGAAAUAAUUUCCCAGUCAGCUUGAUUUUUUUAAAAGAAAUUCUCUCUGGGGAAGGGGCCUAUAAAAGGCCAUUGCAAAAAAAAAGAAUCGGAAUGGCUAUGGGAAAAUGUGGCUUAAUGAAUGAAUGUGUGUGAAGUGUUGUCCAAGAUUAGCUUGUGCAGUCCAUAAUGCAUGUGUGUGAAGUGUUGUCCAAGAUGAGCUUGUGCAGUCCACAAUGCAUGUGUGUGAAGUGUUGUCCAAGAUUAGCUUGUGCAGUCCACAAUGCAUGUGUGUGAAGUGUUGUCCAAGAUUAGGUUGUGCAGUCCACAAUGCAUGUGUGUGAAGUGUUGUCCAAGAUUAGCUUGUGCAGUCCACAAUGCAUGUGUGUGAAGUGUUGUCCAAGAUUAGCUUGUGCAGUCCACAAUGCAUGUGUGUGAAGUGUUGUCCAAGAUUAGGUUGUGCAGUCCACAAUGCAUGUGUGUGAAGUGUUGUCCAAGAUGAGCUUGUGCAGUCCACUAUGCAUGUGUGUGAAGUGUUGUCCAAGAUUAGCUUGUGCAGUCCACAAUGCAUGUGUGUGAAGUGUUGUCCAAGAUUAGGUUGUGCAGUCCACAAUGCAUGUGUGUGAAGUGUUGUCCAAGAUGAGCUUGUGUAGUCCACAAUGCCUGUGUGUGAAGUGUUGUCCAAGAUGAGCUUGUGCAGUCCACAAUGCAUGUGUGUGAAGUGUUGUCCAAGAUUAGGUUGUGCAGUCCACAAUGCAUGUGUGUGAAGUGUUGUCCAAGAUGAGCUUGUGCAGUCCACAAUGCCUGUGUGUGAAGUGUUGUCCAAGAUGAGCUUGUGCAGUCCAUAAUGCAUGUGUGUGAAGUGUUGUCCAAGAUUAGCUUGUGCAGUCCACAAUGCAUGUGUGUGAAGUGUUAUCCAAGAUUAGCUUGUGCAGUCCACAAUGCAUGUGUGUGAAGUGUUUUCAAGAUUAGCUUGUGCAGUCCACAUAGGCUAAUCUGGGACAACACUUUCCACUUAUAUGGAAUUUUUUGUUUGAAGGAAGUCUGUUUAAAACAUAAAUCAAGUCUAAUGUGUUGACUUGUCCCUUAUAAGUCUGAGGAUAUUGCUUAGGCCAAUCUAGGACCACAUGGUACGCACAUGCAGUAGGCCCCAUUGUCCCAGAGUGCUCCCAUUUAAUUCUUUUUAAAUCUUUUACAAUUUCUUUGAAAAUUGUCAUUUGUUUAGUAUGCCCCAGGUAGGGUGGCAUAUAGCAGUUGAACCGUCCGUCCGUCCGAAAACUUUAACAUUGGCCAUAACUUUUGCAAUAUUGAAGAUAGCAACUUGAUAUUUGGCAUGCAUGUGUAUCUCAUGAAGCUGCACAUUUUGAGUGGUGAAAGGUCAAGGUCAUCCUUCAAGGUCAAAGGUUAAAAAACAAAAUCCAAGGAAAGUAACAAGCUUUAAAGGCUUAAUUUCUAUUUUAUAUCAUUUGGCAGGUACAGAUCAUUUUCACAAGGGAAGUAAUAUUUUUUUAAAGGAUAUAAUCAAAAACAAAUUUUAAGGUCAAGGUCAUCCUGCAAGGUCUAAAGUCAAAAAAUACAAUCCAAGGGAAGUAAUAAGCUAUAAAAGGGAGAUCAUUUCUAAACCUCCAAAUGAUAUAGUGAAAUUUUAUUUCAAAGCGGUGCAAUAGGGGGCAUUGUGUUGCUGACAAACACAUCUCUUGUUUUUAAACAAGUCCCUGUCACGUUAUACCUUAAUACAAUAAAUAAACGAGGGCUGUUUGUAAAACAUGCAUGCCCCCCAUAUGGGCUGUCUGUUGUAGUGGCAGCCAUUGUGUGAAUACGUUUUUUGUCACUGUGACCUUGACCUUUGACCUAGUGACCUGAAAAUCAAUAGGGGUCAUUUGCGAGUCACGACCAAUGUACCUAUGAAGUGUCAUGAUCCUGGGCAAAAGCGUUCUUGAGUAAUCAUCUGAAAAUCAUUUUACUAUUUCGGGUCACCGUGACCUUGACCUUGUGACCUCAAAAUCAAUAGGGGUCAUCUGCGAAUCAUGAUCAAUCUACCUAUGAAGUUUCAUGAUCCUAGGCAUAUGCGUUCUUGAGUUAUUAUCCGAAAACCAUUUUACUAUUUCGGGUCACCGUGACCUUGACCUUUGACCUAGUGACCUCAAAAUCAAUAGGGGUCAUCUGCGAGUCAUGAUCAAUCUACCCAUGAAGUUUCAUGAUCCUAGGCGUAUGCGUUCUUGAGUUAUCAUCCGGAAACCAUUUUAAUAUUUCGGGUCACAGUGAGCUUGACCUUUGACCUAGUGACCUCAAAAUCAAUAGGGGUCAUCUGAAAGUCAUGAUCAAUGUACCUAUGAAGUUUCAUGAUCCUAGGCCCAAGCCUUCUUGAGUUAUCAUCUGACAACCACCUGGUGGACGGACCGACAGACCGACCGACAGACCGACCGACAUGAGCAAAGCAAUAUACCCCCUCUUCUUCGAAGCGGGGCAUAAUAACAAGAGUAGCUAGUAUUCAGAACCAGUAUUCACAUUAUUUCUACAUGCAACCGAUUUAAGUUAUGAUCAGUUGUGAUGACAAUUUUAAUAUUGGUAAUGGUUAAAUGUGAAAUACAAAGAUUACUGUUAUUGUUUAUUAACAGGCAAAAUACUUAUCAUGAAAGAAAAAAUGUAAUUGUUUAAAACAUUUCAAACUUACAAAAAUGCAUGAUAAUAUUUCACAUGUUGAAUUAAAUAAAUAUUUAAAAAGUU